CGUCUCCGCGCUCACCGCGCCUUCGCUCCCGCUCCCGUCUUCUUUCUUCAACGGAGGCCGCCGCAGCCUCUCUUUUUCGCAGCCAUGGAGUCCUCCACCUUCGCGCCCAUCUCCUUCCAGCUGAGCAACCUCCGGAGCCUCCUCCCUGCUGUUGGUGCAGCUUCCAUUGCCAUCGGUGCCCAGCGCCUGUGCCUCAGCCAUGUCACUUCUGGCGACCCUGGGGCUCGAGCUGGACAAGGGCCUGCUCCCAGCUAGCGGGCUGGGAUGGCUUGUAGACUAUGGGAAACUCCCCCUGGCCCCUGCCCCCCUGGGCCCCUAUGAGGUCCUUGGAGGAGCCCUGGAGGGCGGGCUCCCAGGGGGGGGAGAGCCUCUGGCAGGUGAUGGCUUCUCGGACUGGAUGACUGAGCGGGUUGACUUCACGGCCCUCCUCCCUCUGGAGCCCCCCCUGCCCCCCGGCUCCCUCCCCCCACCUUCCCCACCCACCCCUGACCUGGAAGCCAUGGCCUCCCUGCUCAAGAAGGAGCUGGAGCAGAUGGAAGACUUCUUCCUGGACGCCCCGCUCCUACCACCACCCUCCCCGCCGCCGCCGCCGCCACUGCCGCCACCACCACCGGCCCCCUCGCUCCCCCUGCCGACCUUUGACCUCCCCCAGCCCUCGGCCCUGGACACCCUCGACUUGCUGGCCAUCUACUGCCGCGGCGAGGCUGGCCAGGGGGACCUGGGCUUGGGACCCCUGCCCGCCCCCCAGCAGCCCCCGGCGCCGCAGCCCGCGCGCCCCGCGCCCUACCCCGCGCCCGCCCGAGGGGACCGCAAGCAGAAGAAGCGAGACCAGAACAAGUCGGCGGCGCUGCGGUACCGCCAGAGGAAGCGGGCAGAGGGCGAGGCCUUGGAGGGCGAGUGCCAGGGGCUGGAGGCGCGGAACCGGGAGCUGAGGGAGCGGGCCGAGUCGGUGGAACGCGAGAUCCAGUACGUGAAGGACUUGCUCAUCGAGGUGUACAAGGCGCGCAGCCAGCGCACGCGCAGCACCUAGGGGCGGGGCCUCGGGCGGGGCGGGGCCUCAGCCGCCCGCGAAGGCUGGGCUGGGGUGAGGGGUCCCUCCUUACCCCGCCAGCGUCAUUGCAAACCCUCCUUUUGUCGUUAUCCUUUUGUCUUCUUUAUCGUUUAUCCUUUUGUCUUCUUUUCGCCUUUCUGAAUUUUACACUUUCUCCAUCCCAAUCAGUGAUGUUCGGCCUUAGUGAACAUCCGCACCCCUCCAUUAUAGCUGGGAACUCGGAGCUGGGAGCCCUGGUCUCCCCAGUUUCAUAUAUGGUUUCUCGCUUGCGUUCCUGGAUGGAGUGGCCACAGGGCCACUGGGCUGGGAAGUGAGGCCAGGAAGCCACACAAGGGUGACUAUGCUUGGGGCUGGGGAUUUAGCUCACGGGCACAGCGCCUGCCUGGGAAGCACAGAGUCCUGAGUUGGAUUCUCGGUACCGGAAAACAAACAAACAAACAAGGUAACUAUGCAAAUGAGCACCUAUGUCAGGGAGGGUAUGAAGGCAGGGACCAGUGUAAUGUAAGUGAAAAAGCAGGCCGGUAUCCUUGGGGAUCUGUGUAUGGGGAGGGAGCCAAGUCAGCAGAGCAGCCAGAAGUGCAGGCCAGUGGGGAGGAAGGGGAAUGGUCAUAGUUGGUGACUGGGGGUCAUUUUAGCUCUGGGAGAAGAAUCUGGUUUGUGAAGGUGUCGGGGGGGCACUUACCUUUUGGGGUUGUGAGCAGAAAUAAAAUGCAGAAUUCCCUCUG